AUGCAGUCCGAGGAGUCUGGCGAGUCCAAGGGGCUUGCAGACCUCCCCAAUGAGAUCCUGUUCCAAAUCAUAUCAUUUCUCGAGCCGUCCCAGAGCACAAGCCUGCAGCUUGUCUCAAAGAAACUCCUGGAGAUAUGCCGAGACAACACAUUCUGGCGCUCACAGUGCUUCGAGAACUCCACCUUCCUUGAAUCCUUGUGCCGGCGCCAGCGGCUUCUUGGGUGCUUUGGUGAGCCAGGCCGUUCAGCUGAUGCCCCGGGCACGGACCAGGGACCCGUUUUGGGUCGCCCUGACCCUGCCACAUCCAGAAGAAACGAGCGUCUUAGGAUAAUGGCAAAUUGGGAUCCUUCUUUCCCGGGUGAAAAUGUGAACUGGUAUGAUGAAUACAUACAGCGCAAUGCACCUAUUAACGUCAACUGGCUGCAACAGCCGGUCUUAAGGGACGGGGUAGAGAGCACUUGUAUCGAGACACGAGGCAUUGCUCUCUAUACCCCCGAGAAUGCCCAGCAAGACCAUCAGGGACUAGAAACGGUCCUUGCCGUGUCGCCCCUGGACGACGGGUCUGUCUGCGUGUGGGAUGUCACAGGGACGAAAGGCCGCAAGGGCGCCAUCUGCGCUCGCAGCAGGCCAGGCAUUCUUUACAUCGACGGUCCUUCUGCAGAUAACAGUAGCCGAUCCAAGAGGAUUGAUUCUGGUGUCACUGAGUGUGUCAGCGUCGACAGUAGACAGCACCUUGCUUUUUUCGCCGUUCAGAACCACCUGAUCGAGGUGGAUUUGCGCAGGCUCACUGUGGUGGGGUGCGAGUCGUUCCCGUGGUCCAUCACCGCUCUGUCUACCACAGAUGCGGGUGUUCCUCUAACAGUUGGAACCAACAAUGGUAUUCAUCCAUAUGACCACAGGUACAGGGCAGCACGGCAGAGCGACAGUUCAGAGAGGGUCGACGACACCGAUGGGCUCCGAGCACUUGAUGUCUAUACCAGAAGCCUAAAGGCACUGUUUGACAACAAUCCACUGCCCCCAUAUGCCCCACUGUCUCACCCUGGACCACUUAGCAUUCUUCACAUGCAGCGACCUGGAGCAGAAGCAGAUCGGUUCCCCAGUAUUCUUUCAUAUGACAGACGGAUGUUCCCGUCUAUCAAAGGCAGCCUCCACUCGGGCGCCCGGCUAUCUAGCUUGGCAUCAUUACCAGUCCCGUUCUCAACGGUGGACAACGAGCUACGCCGCGAGGGCUUGUUGUCGCCUCAGCAGAUUGAAACAUCCAAGACAACACCGCCCGGCGGCCGCACGCUGAUUGCAUGUGGCGAGUACAAUACAAAAGGCUCGUUGGAGAUGUAUGGGCUGCAGCCUCCUUCGCAAUCGUCAACCUCUGUGCCGGGUGGCUUGUCGAACUCGGUCUUCAAAAACCGCCAGUCGUCCUCCGACUCAAAGCUUCUUUCGUGCGUGAACCAAGGCACGCGCCUAGUUUGUUCGGACGGCUCAGGGCGGCUCAAGUGGUUUGAAAGAGACGGCUUCACGGAAGUUCGCCGGGUCAAGAUCGGCCACUGUGAGCGUGCGCAGGGGCCUUCUCUAUUUGCAAACAUGCCAGGGUCCGAUGACAUCGCGAGAAAACUGCUCGCGACUCAGGGCGGAAAGAGCGGCGUCAAUGGAAAUGAGCUGCUGUUCUGGACCGGCGAAAACCUCGGACUGGUUGCCUUCAAAUCCUCCCCAGCCUUCACGGCUGAGGAUUUUGAGGAAGAAGCAAGGUCAGCUGCAGAGUUAGAGAAGGAGAAAGAGGAAAGGAUCUACAGCGAAAAGAUGCGUCAGGCUCUCCUGAAGCAAGCGGACGAUGUACGAUUCGUCAGGAACCUGGGGCUUAGGGCCUAG